AUGUCGCAAGACAAUGUGCGUAGGCACGAAGGUGCCGAAGGCAUAAGACUUGCAUAUUGCAAGGCAAGGUGCCGAAGGUAUGAAACUUGCAUGUCGCAAGGUUAUGUGCCUAGGCACGAGGGUGCUGAAGGUGUAAAGCUUGCGUGUCGCAAGGCGAUGUGCGUAGGCAUGAGGGUGCCAAAGGCAUAA